UUGCAGAGACUUAAAAAUAUUUUUGAAAACCAUAUUGAUUUUUCUGACAGAUUAAUUCUCUGCAGGGAUUUCACAAGAAUUGCAUUUCCGUAAACAGCGUAAACAUGCAUAGAUGUUUGGGUUUUAACUGAUUCUCGUUUUUUGCACUUCACAAAAACUCCUCGCUUAGUGCUAAGCACCGCCUCUGAAAAACAUCUAGUUGCCAAGCAUGAGUUGGCGUAGAGGAAGAACGACGUUUUCAUCGAGACCACCGCUUCAAAAAUGUCUGAUCUUGUGCCGUCGUGUUUUGGUGAUACCACUGUUGGUUGGUUGCGGUUUAAUUUUGAGAGCAGCGGCCGACGGCUUGGAAUUGACAGACGGAUCAGUUUUUCAAUCAAGACAUCUGUUAUCAAGUGUCGAGUGGGAAACUUGCAACUUUGAAAUCGGUCAUUCGAGAAACUAUUCAACUCGGGAAACAUGGUGGGCUCCCAAAGAAGCAUAUGGCUGGCUAGCGUUGCAUAUAUUUUGUGUUCUCGUCAUUUUUGUAGCGCUUGCUAUCGUUUGCGAUGACUUCUUUGUGCCAUCCCUUGAAGCAAUAUCUGAGAAACUGGAUCUUUCUGAGGAUGUGGCAGGUGCAACCUUUAUGGCUGCAGGUUCUUCUGCUCCGGAGCUAUUUACUUCUGUCGCAGGAGUAACGGUAGAAAGCGAUGUCGGAAUUGGAACAAUAGUAGGGAGUGCUGUAUUCAACCUUCUCGUCAUCAUUGCUUUGACUGCGGCCUUGGCAGGACAGGUUCUUCAGCUGGACUGGAAACCGCUUAUAAGGGACUCCAUCUGCUACGCCCUAUCAAUCGGAUUUUUUUCUUGGUUUGCAUGGGAUGGCAAGUUCGAGCUCCAUGAGUCAAUCAUUCUGUUAGCCCUUUACUUCCUUUACAUAGUGUUGAUGAAGUUUAACAGAAAGCUUAUGGAUCUCAUGAGUGGGGCAAAAAUGUUCCCAAGGGACGAAGAACUUCCAUUGGCUUCCUAUACACUACACAAGGGAGGACAAGUCAGUCCACAAAAUACAGAAGUAACACAGUUUGUGAGUAGUGAUAUCGAUGUGCAGUCAGACCACAACACACUGAGCUCGUCCGUUGCUGUUCUUCAAGGUCGGCAAGGAGUACCUGCAGGAAAGCUUCCUCCCAUUAGACCUGUGGAAAGUAACGCAGAUGAAGGUGCUAACUCAAAAGUGCUUUUAACGACUAAUCUUAGUGAUCAAAGGAGAUUUUCACAUGCUAACAAAGGACAACUCUCCAGAUCAUUUAUUAAUCUAUCCCUGGGACGCAGCCAUCACUCGACAUCUCCAGUCAAGCCGCGGCUUUCAGUAUCGUUUCCGGGACUAAGAGAACUUUAUGACAAUCCUAAGGCACAUCGACGGAGUUCUACUGGAUUGGCUGCUCCAGGAGAAAAAAUCAGGCUUAAAUCAGUAGCACAGAAACAAGUGAUGAAAGAGUACAGACGCCGUUCCGAAAUGGUUGUCAGCCAGCAGCCUACACUCUCUGUUGUUCACGUGGACGCCAACGGAAACGCCCGUACAGUACCUAUGGAUGAUGACUCGGAGACAAAAUCUGUCGUGGACCCCAAGAAUGAUGUCCGAAUGGAUAGGGAAGAAGGGGCAAAAAUGAAACUUUGCCCGUGUCUACCUGCAGUAUCCGCAGAGUUCCCUGAGUACCCUGAGGAAGGAGGCGUUUUGGCCCCAUUUAAGUACUCGCUAGGAUGGGUGUUAUUUGUUGUGAGCUUUCCUUUCAUCUGUAUGUUUACAUGGACCAUUCCCGACUGUAGUAAGCCACACAACCGCAAAUACUUCCUAGCUUCUUUCACGAUGUCUAUCAUUUGGAUAGCCAUUUUGAGCUUUGGCAUGGUGACGUUGGUUGGACGAUCUGGGUGCAUCUUAAGCGUGGACAAGUUUACCAUGGGAUUGGUAGUCAUAGCCAUUGGCACAAGUGUUCCGGAUGCUUUAAGCUCCAUCAUUGUCGCACGGGAUGGUUUUGGAGAUAUGGCCGUUUCAAACGCCAUUGGAUCGAAUGUAUUUGACAUCAACCUUGGUAUUGGCUUACCAUUUGUUAUCAGGAUCAUAAUUGAUAACUUUCAACCUAUCCGACUUCUAACACCAAAGGAAGAGGAAAUGUUAUCGUCAGGAAGUCUUGUAGUGGUGCCACACGUCAAAUUUGGUUUCAUUUUGCUUCUCAUUUUGAUCGUAGCCCUUGGGAUUUUCGCCAGCGUGCGCUUUAAAUUGAACAGAAAAAUUGGUAUUUCAUUUUUUACCAUGUAUGUCGCAUUCGUCAUCUAUGCUUACGUUCAAGAUAUGCUGUGUGAUUACGACUGCUGAUGUAAAAACAAAGUACCAACUGACCAUUUUAAAAGAAAUUGUUACAUGAGUGACUCUUUUACAGACCAGUUAGCGUUUUCCGUCUGAAUAGUUCGAUUACAGAUUGAUAGAAUCCACCACUAUCAAUCAAAACUGGACAACAGCUAAGGUUAAUUGAAAUUUUAUUUUUUUACAAAGUUCACAUUUUAGAAAUGAUGAGAAUAUCUCUAGAUGAAGUUUAUACUAGGUUUCCAUCGAGGCUAUAAUGUCUGUAACAUGUUUUAGUGUUCUCUGCAAGUAUUCUACUGACAAAGGUAACACACAUCUGUGAUAUAAAUAUACGAAACUUAUCUAUAUAUGAUAUUGAACAUGUUUCGAAAAACCUAUCACUAUUCAGGUCAUCUUUAUGGCUUACAAUUGUAUUGCAGAAGAUUUGACUUAGACUGACACAAGGUCUCAUAGGAAAAUUUAUCUAGGAUAAGUUCUAAAGUUGUAAAAAUAUUGCUUAAGUUCUCUACAAUACUACUAAGUUAAGUUAUUACAACAUUGUGAUGACCCAGACGUUUUUGUACUCUAGAUAUAGGUUGUUAUGAAGAGAAAGAGUCAGAGUCCUUUUGUUACCAUAAGCUAAAUGGUUGAAAAGUUUGAAAACAAUCUUACAUGAGUUUAUAUCUGCCAAAAAAACUUUUUGUGUUGAACACAAGGGGAAUGGCUCAUUAAAGAUGUUACACUGUUUUAGGAAAACAAGCUAAAAAAUAGAUUGUUUUUAUAUUCAAUACAACAUGCUGAUACAAAAAUUACUUGAAUGUAUUUUUAUCAGAAAAAAAAGGAUAUAGCCACUAACAUUGUAGCUAGGUGGCUGCCAAGAGUUCUUGUCGCAUCUUUUUUAAUUUAGUUAUCCAGCGAGAUGUCUUGGUUUCUUCAUCUUCAUGAAGCUGAAAUGAGAAGCAAAAUACCCAUGAAAAAAUGUUGUCCAAGUUCAUGGUUUUAUUAGUCUAAUCCAUAAUCAAAGAGUGCAUCUAUAAACUUGUAAAAUAUAUGUCAUAAAGAUCUUGGUUGCACUUAGAGAAACAAAACUGA